CCACACACGUGGUCAUUAUUACAGGCAAGGAGAACGACUGGUUUAUGCUCGUUCUUUUAUUGAAAGUAACCUACAAUAGGGAAGUCUAUUAAAGAUGGAGCUUUUAGAGGAAGAAGAAAGAUCUACAAUCUCACAGGUACUCCUUGGAAAGAGAAUGUCGCUUGUCAUAAAGAAAGUUGACAUUAAAGAUUUCAUUAAUAAUAGUCCUGAUGACGAGUUUAUAAUCUCUUAUCCAAUAUCAAUGUGUCACAUUUAUGGUAGCUCUACCAGUAGAUCCGGUCGUAGGAUUAAACCAAACACUUUAUACGAUGAUAUGUACAUGUUCAACUAUCUACCGCUUAACCGAAACUCAAAUAACUCCUCUAUGCAGUGUACUCCUACCAGGGCACUUAAGAAGCUACCGAAAGCCUUGAGCAAAGCGAAAGUCUCCAUUAAGAAGGAGACUCCUCUUAUUAAUAGUCCAUUGAAAGACCCAGGCAGUGUUUUGACCAAUCUCUCGGUUAACAUGUGCAAUGAACCGUUUAAUGAAAGCAGCCUCGAGCAGUCGAUUUUUGAUUCGACUUUUUCUACGCCAGUUUUUUCAAGCGGAAAGAAGAAGACCAGCAAGAAGGAAAAGAAGACUAACAAGACUCCCGCAUCUACUAAGAAAAGGAGAGUCUUGAGAGACUCGUCUCCUGGUGGAUUAUUAGAAGAUAGAGAGAGUGCUUCUGAGUCUAUUGAUCAGGAAUUGUCCACUAGGAAAGGCUACAAAAGGAGAAGAAUUGAUGAUGAAGAUGAGGAUAGUAUUUGCGAUGAUGAAAGCAACUCCAAUGCAUUGGCAAGACUGAGGGAACAGCUCCACCUAACCACACCAGAGUGUACCACCACGACUGUCGUUGUUUAUGCCGACACUAACAACAUUGCUUGUACCAGAUCCAUCGAGGUCGAGAGCUGUCAAGUCUCACCUGCAGCUGUAGCAGUGACAGACGAAGAAGAGACAGCAGAGAAUAUAAAGAAUGACAGUAUCGAGGCUGAGAUAGAUCAGUUACUUGACACUGAUCUUGUUCUUAAUGAGGACGAGCUGCUCUUUUCACACGAAAUUGAUCUUUUAGCUGACACCACCCCAAUAAAGGACACACCCUCUCUCGAUAAUGUUGCAAUGGAAGCGACGACAUUUGGCACUCAAGACGUGUUGGCAGACGCUCUUUCGAUUGGAAUGAAAAGUGAAUCUCUUUCGAGUGACAUAGACCUCCUAAUGAGUUGCUAUGCUGGUAAAGAUGGGAAGGAUUGUACUGUUAGCGUGUUACAAGAGGGGCGUGUGAUGAAACCUGUCACAGAUUCUAAAGGUUUGAAUAGUGAGGACAGUCUCAUCUUUUCUCCUAUGGUCUCUAAUGAUAAAAGAUCAAAAAUGUCAGAGUCUGCCCUCACUGAUUUGUCUAUAGCUACUUCUCCUCCUCCUUCUUCCCUACCUCAGACUCCGCCCUUUACUCCUCUCACUCUUAACCCUCUUCCUUUUUCUUCUUUUCUUGCGAGUGAGCCUGGUAAACCUACUCGAAGGAGACUUACCAGAUCCUCCUCGAGAACAAUUAAAUCUACAGCUUCUUCUCCGAAGACAAAGAGACAAGAUGUCUUGUCCUUUACUUGUCUUCCUCUUUCCGAAAAGACAUCAAAGGAUUCCACGAUCGGCGUUUCUGUUCCUCCCGCGCCUAUUUUGACCACGCCCAAUACCAGAUCGGCUUCCAAGUCUAAGAAAGUGACUUUUGCUUCCGAAAUGACGGAUUCGUCUCCGCUUGGUUUGGUUGAACCGAUUAAACAAUUUGACAAAUGUGUCGGAUAUGGGGCCAUGCCUUCAUUAAUUGCCACGCCCACUAAUGGAGAUAAAGGUGGGGUUACUGAAUUGAGUAGUGAUGACGUUACUAAAAAUAGCAACGAAAAGUGUAAUGAUGUUACUAUUAAUAGCACUGAUCGUGUUACUAAGAAUAGUAGCAAAACGGGUAGUAAUGCUAUUAAUAAUAGCACUGACAUUGUUACUAUUAAUAGCACUAAUGAUGUUACUAAUAAUGGUAUUACUAUUAAUAGCGCUAAUGAUGAUUGCUUUGCUGUUGAUGACGACGACGUGAUAUCGCUAACAGCCGAAGACACUUUUGAACAAAUAUCACCUCCGCCACUGAAAACUGAAAUAAAAGAAAGACCAAAAGGCCGAGUAUGGGAGAGACUUGGCCUUGGAAAGAAACCGGAAAGAGAUAAUGGAGAAAGAAAAGUGGGAGGAGUUUGGGAUCGCCUUGAAGUAAAGGUAGAAAAUCGAGGAAGAGGAAAUGUUACUGACAAGACUAGCACAACUAGUCUUUGGGAUCGGCUCGGAGAUAAAGGUGGAAAUGGUAUUGUUGAGGAAUUUAAAAAGGAGCAAGUGUCGUCCUGGGUUGCCCAGCAACGUCAGGCCACUCCCCCUUCUUAUAUAGUACCUCAUUGCAGUGUUAAUGGCAGUGGGCGUGGUUUUGGUUAUGCCCCUCCCCCAAGAGUUAUACCUUCUGGAGUAAGUCCUGUAAUGUCUAGCAGUCUGGAUCCUAAUAUGUGGUGUAAAUCAAUUAACUCAAUUCACUACACUUCAUUCUGUCCUCAUUUAAAUGGGAUUGAUCGGAAUUCAGUUGCCAAGAGACAUUCUACUCAGCUGUUGAGGUUAUUUCGAUCCAUCAUUGACAGAAAUUUCACUGUAGCAGGAAAAGCUUAUUUGUCACUGAGAGACAAUUUCUCUGUUUCGUUCCAGCCCAGCAUCCUAAAUCCACUACUUAGCAUAUGUAGUGUUCAAACGGGUGGAUCUUUGGUACCAAAACCUUACCUCGUAGCCGAGAAGGUUUUUGAUGAUUUGAGUAUGGGAGGAAAGAGACGUGUUAGUUCAGCUGAUCAUAUCAAUAUACUUAAAACACAAAUUAAUUGUCACAGAUAUUCAAGUUUUAUGCAGUACUACAAGGGCACACUGACUCUCGGUCUUUCGUUUUCUCCGGAGCAUAUGAAAAUGUUGUUAACUGUUCUCAAAGCACUAGGGCCACAUUACACUGACAGUAUUACAAGGUUGUUUGCUGAUGCUACAAAGUGUUUUCAAGGAAAGGACUUGACAAGCUAUAUCGAUGAUCUUUUGAUGUCUCUGGACAGACAGGUCUUAACGAUUAAUGCCACUCAGCUUCUUGGUUGGUUGAAAUGUAAUGCCAAAAUGACCUCCGAGCUCUCGUCUAAGACAAUCUCAUCACUUAUUAGUGUUUUUAUGGAGUGUGGGCAGUCUGUUGGUGCUAUGCACUGCCUUGAGACUUCUCGUAAAAGUAUCCCUAGUUUAGGGGGCGUGGUUGGACAGCUAGCUGUUACCGUAUUGCAUAAUUGGGCGUCUGUGUCUGCCUCCUCCUCUCCUUUGUUCUCUAUUGAAAUGAAGAGGCUGUUGGGGAUCAUAAAGUUGAUGUCGCUGGACCAAUGCUCAUGCUUUUCAAUACAAGACUGGGAAAUGUUGCUAUCAUAUAGUAUUCGAUUUGAUUACAUCACAACGUCACAGUGGCUCUUUGAAACUGCUUGCAAGUUGAAGCAGUUUGUCAGCAAGCAGACCCAGUUCAACUUGGCCUGUUAUUUUCUUAAUCAAAGUUGCGUCGAAUUGACAUCAGACAUCAUCAAAGUCUUCCUCUCUCCUCUCCCUCCUCUGUCCUAUCUCUUUCAACUUUGCGAGAAGCUUAACACUCGUCCUGUUUUCACCGCUGAUCUCUAUUCAAUAAUGAUAGCAUUGCUGCAAGCUAAUCAGAAGCCUCCCUCCAGCUGUUUCCGGUGGCUAUUGACGUAUCACAAUAAAUACGAUAAAUGCUACAAUUUAUUGGCAAACCUUAUCAAACAGGCCUCAUCAAGUAAGAUACAAUUAGAACCAUAUUUUUAUAAAGCAGUUCUGCCUGAGCUGAGAACUUGGGGCAAGGACGGCGAAGCACUUACCUCUGUCUAUAGGAGUUUAAGAAACCUUGAGCCUAGUCCGCCAGACAAAGAAAGAACUGUUGAUGAGCAGAAGUUUGAUGACAAUUGUAACCUGAUCUCCAGUUCAAGUGGCGUCGGUAGCAGUCCGUCUGUCUCCAUAGAAAGCUCUUCUCCUAAUUACCCUCCUCCUCCUGUCAAUGAUGAUGAUAAAUCAAAAGCAACUACAACUAGUGCUAUACUGAAUGACAAAAGCACUACUCCAGUGAAUAAUGCUACUCCUACUGUUAAGAAUGAUGAUACUACUCGUAAUGCGUCCCUCUGUUUACUAAUUAAAGAGAGUGGGUCUCAGGGACAGUUUGGUGCUGUGGCGGCCAUUUUGUCUAAUCUCCCAUUGCAUGGAGUCUAUACCAUUGAAAUACUCCAGUCCACGCUAACUGCUGUACAGAAUGGGCCCCUCAAACCAUUCCAGGCCCUCCAGCAACUUGUAACGGCAUUGAAAAAGGCGAACGAUACUGGAGCAUUGUCUCCUCAUGAUUUGUGGGUUGCCGGUCAGAUUGGAGUGUACCUCCUCUGCCAGUUAUGUCAGUCUGACUCCUGGAAAGAAGCUUUUUAUGUACUCCAUUCCCUCCACUUGUGUGGCGUUCAUUAUGUAGGCGUGUCACCACCGCAUUUAUUGAGUCCAGCCCCUUCGUCUUGCUCUGUGGCUAUUAAUGCUGUUACUUGUUGUUUAAAGGUCAAUAAGCUGUCUGCUGUCAUGCAAGUACUCAACGGCUGUCAGUUUAUUCAUUACGAGAAUGAAGAAGAAGAGAAGCAAAGGAAUGAGUUACUGUUGGAUCUCGCUGAUCAGUUUCUCAAAAAUGGCGACACAAGCGAUUCUUUUACUUGCCUUCUUGAGACUCUACACUCCAUAACGGCUGAGGAUCAUGAGAGACUCGGUAGUCUAACAAUAAAUGCAAUCAGUUCUUGGCUCAAGGAACCAGAUAAGACAGAAUCAGAGCCAGUCAUUAAAGCUAUUGGCUUUCUUUUUAAAGCUAAGCAAUCACUCCCGUGCGAUUUGUUUAGUCGUGUCAUUUCUCGCUUGAUCUCAAAUCAGACUACAGUAGGUGAUGACACAAAGGACUUGAUAUCAUCAGCCAUCCUUGCUGGCUGGUAUCAUUCAACUGAUUCCAAGCCUCAGUCCAUCGUAUUGCCCUGUCUAUUGACAUCACUUGAAAUUAAUCUAAUACUCCAUGAUCACUUGUCAAAAAACACUCUCACUGCUCUGGACUUUGAAGUUAUCUGCCCAUCAACAUUACGUGCUGCAGUAGAGGACUGUUUGAGCUUAGACUUCAAUCCAUCACUGUCCAUAACUAGCCGUACAGCAAGGCCUCCCACCAGUGUUGCACUGCUAGUAUCUUCCUUCUCAUUAUCCAACUGGUACAAAGUUGAGGACAAGAAUAAGAAGAAAUCUUACAAGAAACUGAUUUGUGAACAAGUUGCCAAUGAAUUAAAGCCAUAUUGUAUAGCAAAGAAGUUCAAAAGUGAAGACGAUCACAUUCACUUGGUGAAUGCAUUGUGUCAGCAUUUCUUUAAAUUUGGAAAAGAAAGUAACUGGAGGCUAACCGAUUUCAUUCUCUCUCGCUUGCGAUCAAAAAUACAACUUGUAUUUUCGUCCAUUACUUGCUAUGAUUCCUCUUCUGUAUUGAUUAAUGAUAUCUUAGAGGAUAAAUCUUUCCCAUUAAGCAAUGGAAGCAUGAAAUGAUAUUGAUUGAUGUAAAUUAUUUUCUUGUACAUACACAGUUUGUUAAGAUGUUUUAUAAUCAUUUAUUCCUCCACAUGAUAAUUCUAUACCCUUUUCCAAUUAAAAGUUGAGUUAUGCGAAUGAG